AUUGAGUCCUUCCACUUUCUAGGAGAAAGGCGAAGCCAUAAGCCAGACGUCACUUGGGAUGAGGAUAUUCCUGUUAAAGGUCUUCAUUUAGAUCAGGUAUGUUGGUGUGACAUGGUGAAGGACUCUGGGUGAUACCUUGGCAACUCCUGCCCUUACAUUUUGCACUCUGGGAACUUGUCUGAAGGUGAGAUUAUUGAGUGUUAUUUGCCAACUCCAAACUGGUCUCAACUCCAGACAAACUUUAAGACAGAAGUCAUGUGAGCUUCUGAGCUGCAGGGACAGAGACAGAGGAGAACGUGUGCACCAGUGCAGAGUGCUGCUGGAGACCUGGCAGAGUAAGAGGGAGGCAGAGGGAGCCUGAGAGGGAAAAGGCGAAGUGGUGGGAGCUGGAACAGCAGCAACUGCUGCUACCACGUCGCAUCUCAAGCUCCGGAAUCGGCUGCACUGCCAGCACUCCUCUCUGAAGGUGCAGGUGCCUCAUGUUCAAAAGUCCUAGAACGUCAGUGGUACUUCCAGGAGUCAAGUGGAACUGCUCUAUUUUUUUUCUUUUACCGCGAAGAACAUCUGUUUGAAGACUCUGCUCCUUUCCCUGGACUGAAAGAGUGUACUCGCCUCCUGCUGUCUCUACUCUCAGUCUUCUUCCUGCCCUUGGGGGCUGUGCCCCUAUGGAUGCCCCUGUACAGAUUUUCCGGGAGAAGCCGGACUCCACCUGUUCCCCAGGGCCUUGUCGUCCUCCCGGCACCAGCAGCAACUGGCUCCUGGGCUGGGCAGACUAUGAUGGCAAUGCCACUGGGGCCUUCGAGGACACUCAGCACAACCAUACCAGCAUCUCCCCAGCAAUCCCCAUCAUCAUCACUGCAGUCUACUCAGUGGUCUUCGUUGUCGGCUUGGUGGGAAACUCUCUGGUCAUGUUUGUCAUCAUAAGGUACACAAAGAUGAAGACAGCAACCAACAUCUACAUUUUCAAUCUGGCUAUGGCAGAUGCGCUAGUUACCACCACUAUGCCCUUCCAAAGCACUGAAUAUCUGCUGAACUCUUGGCCCUUUGGUGAUGUGCUGUGUAAAAUAGUUAUUUCAAUUGACUAUUAUAACAUGUUUACCAGCAUAUUCACACUGACUAUGAUGAGUGUUGAUCGAUACAUUGCUGUGUGUCACCCUGUGAAGGCUCUGGACUUCCGUACACCUCUCAAGGCAAAGAUAAUCAACAUCUGUAUCUGGCUAUUGUCCUCAUCUGUUGGUAUAUCUGCAAUAGUUCUUGGAGGUACCAAAGACAGGGAAGAUACUGCUAGCACUGAAUGCUCCUUGCAAUUUCCAGACAAAGAUUAUGUGUGGUGGGACAUCUUCAUGAAAAUCUGUGUCUUUGUCUUUGCAUUUGUUAUUCCAGUUCUCAUUAUAGUUGUUUGCUAUACUCUAAUGAUCCUGCGCCUUAAAAGUGUACGGCUUCUCUCGGGGUCUCGAGAAAAGGAUCGAAAUCUGCGCCGAAUCACCAGGUUGGUUCUUGUGGUUGUGGCAGUUUUCAUUAUCUGUUGGACUCCUAUUCACAUUUUUGUGCUGGUCGAAGCAUUAGGAGAUGUGUCCCACAGUACUGCUGCUAUAUCCAGCUAUUACUUUUGUAUUGCUUUGGGUUAUACCAACAGCAGCCUCAAUCCAAUCCUUUACGCUUUUUUGGAUGAAAACUUCAAGAGAUGUUUCAAGGACUUCUGCUUUCCCUUUAAGACGAGGAUGGACAGGCAGAGCACCAGCAGAGUCAGAAACACUGUACAAGACCCGGCUUAUAUGAGGGAAGCAGAUGGGACAAACAAACCUGUAUGACUAGUCGUGGAAAUGUCAUCUUACUGUCCUCAAGAGAGGGAAGAGUCCAACGACCUAGGACUGACGCAAAUUACCACUGCAGUUUGAACUAGACUCACCCAGACAGACAUUUCUGGAAUAUUUCAGAAAUCCUAGCAGUUUGAACUAAAGAAAGUUUAUUACUGACAAACGAAUACCUUGCAAAAAUAAGCUCAAAUGAAAAGGAUCUGGCUGAAAUCAGAUUUUGGCACUGUGUUUGCUGUACGUGAGCAGGUGCUGAUACACACUUUGAGUGAGACAGCAGAUAGUGUUCUACCAGCUGAUUCUGGAUAAGGAAAGUUCUGGCUUUUCUCUUUAUCGUAUGUAAAGUUAUAUUAGGCAACACUUGGUUAUAACACUGAGUUAUGCCAGAAACUAUUGCCCCAACAGUGAUUGCUUCUGAACCAUGUAGUUUGACAACUUGACUCGUCAUACUCUUUUACAGUGAAGGGUGUUGUUUGGGUUUCUGCAGAACAAUACCAGAGCUAUAAUCAAUACCAUACUCAACUAAUAUAUCUGUAAUAUUUGUCUGUGCUGUGGAAAUACAAUUUAAGCAUGGUUCGCCUACAUGCCAAAGUGAUUUUAUUGUGUCUGUGCAUGGUAAAGCAUUUUAGCAUUUAAAAACACUGGAAUUUAAGGAGAAUCAUUAGUAUAUUUUUAGCAUGUGUUUAAUCAUCUAUGUGUAAAAUUUUCUAUGUGUGAAUUUCCAGGAUGAUUGUAUAUUUAUUGAUUGUGAAUGAUAGAAUAGGCAUUUUCAGAGUGUAUUUUGAAGAAAAGGCUAGAAAACUUCAAAUACUUUACUUGUGACAAAACUCAUGAAAACGUGUCAUAUUCAUUACAUGGAGGGGAAUAAUCACAUUCCAUUUCACUAAAAGGGACAAAUGGACAUACUUAAAAAUAUUGCUAUACUUGUCUUUCUGGACAAUUUGUAAGCAGACUAAAAUAAAUAUUUGGCAAAUUAGAAACUAGUGAAUUAGCACAUGAAUUAACUGGAUUGAUACAAAGGAAAUGAAGAUUAAAUAGGCUGGUUAUUUUAGUGGCACUUGACUGGAAAAAUUCCCAUUUUAUUGACAAUGAUAUAUUUUCACUAAAAGGAUGUUGAGCUGCUGGAAUGUGUCCAGAGAAGGGCAAUGCAGCUGGUGAAGGGGCUAGAGAAUAAGCCUUACAAGAGGUGGCUGAGAGAAUUAAGGUUGUUUAGCCUAGAGAAAAGGAGGCUGAGGGGAGACUUUACCUAUCUACAACUACCUGAAAGGAGGUUGUAGUGAGGUGGGUGAUCUCUUCUCCUAAGUGACAGACGAUAGAAUGAGAGGGAAUGGCCUCAAAUUGCACCAGGUGAGGUUCAGAUUAGGUAUCAGGAAAAAUUUCUUUGCCUAAAGGUUUAUUUGGCACUGGAAUAUCCUGACCAGGGAGGUUGUUAAGUCACCAUCCAUGGAGGUAUUUAGAAGAUGGGUAGAUGAAGUGGUCCAGGAUAUGGUUUAGUAGUGGAUAUGUAUGGUUGGACUUGAUUAUCUCAAAGGACUUUUCCAACCAAUCAAUUCUAUGGUUCUAUGAUUCUAUGCUUUUCUUUGAUAAUGCCCUAUGAAUUCAGUACAUUUCUCUGUUUUCCUGUGAAGAUGGGCAUGCCAAGGCACAACAGCUACACAUGUCACUGGCUUGCUGCAGGUAAGUUUAUGGUAAAACUGAACUAAACUUUCAGUCUGUCAUCUUUUGUCUUCCUAAUGGUUAUAUAUUUCUACCCCACCUCUGCUGUUGCUGGUUUGGAGGAAUGCUCUUCUCUUCACUGGGAACAGAUCUGGUUAGCAGACAUCUUCCUGGUAACUUUAUACAAAUUAAUAACAUCGGUGCCUUUGUUGCACAGCAAUUUUUUUUCAGAAAUACACUCUCUUUUGGUCCUACUGGACCAAAAAAUCCUUUAGGCAUUCCAGUAUAAAUAAUGAGAUUUGCUCUUAGAGCUGUCAGUACAGUUCCUGUGGAAACACUGCAAAGAUUCACACCUCUGCAAAACUUCAACAUCCUUUAUUGUUAAUAUAGUCAAGUAUGUCAAAUAAUUUCAAUACUAGGUUGAUGAAUGCAGUGUUCUAACAUUUAUCUUGCAAUACCAAACCAAUUCUGGACAGUCAGAGGCAUUCAUAGCCUUUCAGUAUUGCUGCUGUUUGGAGUAGAGCUGUGGAAUUCAGGCAGUGGCACUUUAGAAAUGGCUGCUCUAAUGCAAUUAUCUUUGUUAAUGAAAAUAUAUAAGAAAUCUCAGACGUUCUGCAGUGUUGGGGUACCAGAUUAACAAGAGUAUCAAGAGCUGUUUUAGUCUCACCUCUCUUUCCACUGUAAGUUUAAGUGUCUUUAACAUUUAAAUACUCUACAGCUGCCAUUAGACAACCCCUAUAGUUAAUUUUGAGUACUUUUUAAUUGCCAAAGAGAAAUUAGAUGCAAAAUUUAAUUAGAAACCUAUUCAAAUCUCUCUGUUCCUGGUAAUUUACCACUGUCUACAUGUCUGUGUAUUAGAAUUGCACCACAAGGAAUAAUAGGGCUUUCAUUUUCCUUUGUCUUUGAAGCUGGAGAAAAAUUCCAGUGAAACCCAUGUAUGUCAGAUGUCCUUCACUUUCCUUAAUGCUAAAUGUCUUCUACACAUUGAAAGUGGAUUUGUUCAAAUAAGAAAUCUAUUGCCUAGGUUUGACAUUGCCCUCUAAGAACCAAGUUGGCCACAAGCUGCUCCUGUUCCCUUCAGCUACAGUUCUGUAGUGCUUUGCUUCUUCCUGUCCAAGACAACAUUAUACCAGUUUUUCUUUUUCGUUUAAAGAAAGUAAUUGUUUCCUCCUAACCUUGUGAAGACAAAUAAACUCUGAAAGAGAGAUAAUUUACAUAAUUAUUUUUAUGACAAAGGCAUUAAUUUUGUGACAGAGAGAAAAUGCAAUUAGUAUAAUGGAAAAGAAGAACAUCUCGCCUAUGGUGCUGAGAAUGUGAGAAAUACGGAAAACUGUCCAGUGCUUCAGUGCUAGUACAUUCAGAAUGUAUUAAACUGAAGAGGAAACCAAUAUUCAGUAUUAUGUUUUCUAGCUACAUGGAUAAAUAAAAUAUUAAAAGAAGAUUAUACAUCAUCACUCACAUGCAAAAAAUAAGAUAUGUUCUGUUACUGAUUGUGAAUAGGGAGAAAUAAAUUUUCAGAUAGCUUCAUCUAGUUUGAGGUUAUUAAUGCUGAGAAAUGCUAGCUUGUUUUGGAUUAGGCUUAAAUAUUUUUUGUUUAACAUCUGACAAAGUAGCUAACAAGCUGUCACUUUAACUGUUUUACAUGGAACAAAUGGACACUGAAUCUUUAGAGUAGCAUUCUGUGUUUUUUCUGUGCUGAUAUCAGACAGGGCCAAAAGACAAAGUUUCGCACACUGUGAGAACAGUCAGAUUUUAUAUUGUUUCCAGCUAAGAGGAAAUAUUAUGAUCUGAAAAAAAAAAGAGAAAAGAAAAAGUAAGAUACAGUUAAUCUUUCCUUUCUAUACUCUUUUUGUGAAAGAUUGCAGAGAAGUAUUUUUUCUCUUUUCUCCCCCUCCACCUCACGAUACCUAUGGCACAUUGUCAAGAAAGGACAAAUUAAUCUGGAUUAUUGAUUUCAAAGUGCUGUUUUGAAAGCUGAUGAGUGUUGCUCCCUUGUAAGUUCUGGUUACUUAUUAUGCACACUAAGAAAUGGCUCAAUGGACACAGAAAUGAUGACCAAUGAGAAUACCCUUGUUCUCCUUUUUUUCUUUUUUUUUUUUCCUUGAAUACCCAGAAUUUUGUUCUGGAUGGAAAUACUUGUGAUGCUCUAUAAAAGAGGAAGCUCUAAAGUGAAGGCUGAAGGUUGUGUGAUAAUGAGAUGGCACAGCAAAAGUAGCAAGCUGUUUGAAUGUAUGAAAUGGCGAGACAAGUAGGUGACGAAGAUAGAGAUUCUGAGAAACUCCAAGCUAAGUCAAUGAGCAAUAUCUCAACAUGCCCAUAAAUUUGGAGGAAAAAUUAGAGGGAAAAUUUUGUCCGGUGAAAGACAAAGGGAAAACUGUGACUGAUAUGCCAGCAUUUCUUUUGGUGCUGUUACAUGAAUUUAGUCCUCUUAAAGACAGUCAGAAUGAUUGUGAUGGCAAUUUUCUAAAUUGCCUAUCAAUCAACCAAUCAAUUAUUAAUCAAACAUAAUCCUUUUAAAUCUGGUCAUUUUUUCCCACUGCAGUAUUCUCUUCAGAAAAAUAUGGAUUCAGCAAAACAGGUUUGUGAUCACUUACCUAAUCUGUCAAAUAAAUUCAUUUUGCCUGGCUAAUAUCCAUGUACUUUAUUUUUUACUAU